AUGUUCUCGUUGAUUGUCUUUCUCGCCGUCAGCGGUGCCGCCUAUGCUGAGCCUCAGCAGGGUUACGGCGCCCCUGCCCCACCGCCUCCUUCCUCAGGAUACUCAUACGGAGCGCCGGACUUAAGGGCCUCCGCGUCCAAUAUCAACAACCAGCAGGAACAGGACCCCAUCGCCGCCCUGGCCGCCAACAUCCCCGGCGGAGGCGUCCCUGGCGAGGACUACCCCAUCCUGGCCUCCGUCCCCGACACCGGCUUCUCGUGCGAGGACCAGGAAUUCCCAGGCUACUAUGCUGACACCGCCCCGGAGGCCGGUUGCCAAGUGUUCCACAUCUGCCAGUUCGACGGCCGCCACGACGCCUUCCUGUGCCCCAACGGCACCAUCUUCAACCAGCAGUACUUCGUGUGCGACUGGUGGUUCAACGUGGACUGCGCCGCGUCCGAGCAGUUCGUCGGCCUCAACGCCGACAUCGGGAAGGUCCCCGACAACGCGGCCGCCGCCUCCGACGUCUCCCUUGCAGCAUCCUAUGGCGCUCCGCCAGCCCCUUCCAGAUCUUACGGUUCCCCUUCUCGGUUUUAAAGGGUUGGCUGCCUCCCCGCUCGCUAGGGGAACCCAAACGAGUCCACACAUCUCGUCCAGCGCCACCCCAGACUACCGCCCUUCCCGCUAGUCACUCCAGCCACUCCUCUCUCCCCUACGACCCCUUCGCUCCGCCCAUUUCAGCCAUCUCCCCUCCCCUACACCUCCUUCCUCCUUUCCUACAUGGUCGCUCUCCCUCCCUCCACGCCCAUUCAGAGCUCCUACCUGCUGGUGCAAACCCCCCUUUCAUCCCGCUUCCCGCGCCUACGCCGGCAGACCCUUUCUUCUCGGUUAGCUCAGCCCACUCCAUUGACCGUCGCAAGAGACCUCUUCCCCCGCCGCCUGCAGCCCCCUCGACCGCAGGCUUGUCGGAUUCUCCUUCCCCUGAGCCUUCGCCAGUGCCUGGAUCCUCUCGUCACUCACAUCUCCUCAGGCAUACUCCUCCCCGCUGGAAACCACCGGGCAUCCUAAUUCCAAUGCAACGCGUCACGACAGAAUCUCGGGCGCCUUUAACCCGUGAAAGAACUAAUAUUAAACGACCGCAAAAUUCUUCUCGUCGCCUGCCAAAUUACAAAAUCUACUUCCCGCCACUGACAACGACGCCCUUGCUUCACUCUGAGUCUGCUUCUCCGUGGAACAAGGCGACGAAUGCUACCCUGCUGAUCCCAUCCUUCGCGAGAGCUUCAGAGAACCCUUCGGUUGCCUCUCUUCGUCCUCGCCUUACCUCCUCUGACGUCGCCUUCGGGAGAUCUGUAUUUCCCGAAGGAACCCCAGUGUUUCCAGGUAGUCCUCGCUCGGGCUCGUCUCUAGUAGCCUCUAGGGCGCCCUUCGAAGCCGCUCUCUUCGCUAGGAUAUCGUCCCAUCUCUCGCAGGGCGUCAGGGAUACCAUUCUUUUGAACAUACGUCAUCGGCUUCUGGUUUACCUCUCCGUGGGGCAUAAUGCACCCGUGUUGGUUGUCAAGUAAUAAGUAAACGUGUUAGAAACACACUACGGACGACAAUCGAUCAUAAAAAAAAAAGAAUCACAGAUUUCUGUGUCAGUAAUCUUUAACAUGCUAUUUCUAAGCCGUUUUUAUGCCAAAUUGUUAUUCUCGCAAGAAAAAAAAAAUAUAUAUAUAUAUUUAUCGUCAUUAUAAAAAGAUUCAAACGGUUAACUUCUAUAUCUAAAUUAAGCAAUGGAUGGAUUAACGAAUCUCUUAUGUCAGCGCCAUCUUUCAAAUAUGCAGAAAACUAAAGGUGAGAUUUCCUGCUUUCUUUUGAUUCUCUUGCGUGAUAUCUUUUC